AGAGACCAGUGACUUGAGAGACCGGAGAGACUUGAGAGACUUGACAUGAGAGGUAGCGUCCACUAAACAGCUUCUGAGUGUCCCACGGAGCUGAGGGAGGGAAACGGGACAGGACGCCCCCUGUAGGACAGUGACAGACUGAUGGACUCAGAGGUGCAGGGACACACGGCUCACAGUGUUGUGGACGUAGUCAAGAAAACAGAGAGAGAGAAUAGAUUUAGUCCACAUCUACAGGAGCUACAGUGAUACAGUGCCGGCACACCACCUGCAGACACUUCUUCCUGAGGUUUUUCUUCUCAGAUCGUCGGAGCAAAUCCCAGCCUGGACCAACGCUGUGAGGUGCUGGUAAAGGAGUGAAGAUGGACAGGUGUGGAGGAGGAGACGGCGGCGGGACGGCGGAGAACGAGAGCGAGAAGAUGAGCAAAGAGCAGUGCAACAAGGCCGAGAAGGGUGAGAAGGAACAUGAAGGAGGGAAGAAGGAGAGGGGUAAGAGAGAGAGCCGGAGGUCAGGAGGAUGGGCGCUGAGUGAGCGCCUGGCCAUCAACGUCUCAGGGAUGAGGUACGAGACGCAGUUGCGCACGUUGGCGCAGUUUCCCAACUCGCUGCUCGGCGACCCACAGCGGCGCCUGCGCUAUUUUGACCCGCUCCGCAACGAGCUCUUCCUGGACCGCAACCGCUUCUGCUUCGAUGCCAUCCUGUACUUCUACCAGUCCGGAGGGCGUCUACGCCGGCCGGCCAACGUGCCUCUGGACAUCUUCAUGGACGAGCUGCGCUUCUACGAGCUCGGCGAAGAGGUCAUGACCCGUUUCAGGGACGAUGAGGGUUUCCCUAAAGAGGAGCCCAGGCCGCUGCCACAAGACGAGAUCCAGAGGAAGCUGUGGAUGCUGUUCGAGCACCCAGAGUCGUCUGGUGGCGCCCGCAUCAUCGCCAUCAUCAGCGUCAUGGUCAUCGUGGUGUCCAUCGUCAUCUUCUGUCUCGAGACGCUGCCCGACUUCAGGCUUGAGAAAGAAAUGAGAGAGCAAAUGACGUUCCACUCGCACCACUCAUCCCCGAACAGCACGGUGGUGGUGUCCCAUCUCUCUCCGUUCCAGGAUCCCUUCUUCAUUGUGGAGACGAUGUGCAUCUGCUGGUUCUCCUUCGAGCUGCUGAUGCGCUUCGCCUGCUCACCCAGCAAAAUGCACUUCUUCAAGGACAUGAUGAACAUCAUUGACUUCUUUGCCAUCAUCCCGUAUUUCGUCACACUGGGCACGGAGCUAGCUCGGUCCAAAGGUGGCACGCCCGCCAUGUCCCUGGCCGUCAUCCGUGUCAUCCGUCUCGUGCGUGUCUUCCGGAUCUUCAAGCUGUCGCGCCACUCUAAAGGCCUGCAGAUCCUGGGCCAGACGCUGAAGGCCAGCCUGAGGGAGCUGGCGCUGCUCAUCUUCUUCCUCUUCAUCGGAGUGGUGCUCUUCUCUAGCGCCGUCUACUUUGCCGAGGUUGACAGCCCCGGCACGUCCUUCACCAGCAUCCCCGAGGCCUUCUGGUGGGCCGUCGUGUCCAUGACAACGGUUGGCUACGGCGACAUGUACCCGGUGACGGUGGGGGGCAAGUUGGUGGGCUCCAUGUGCGCCAUCGCUGGCGUCCUGACCAUCUCGCUUCCUGUUCCUGUCAUCGUGUCCAACUUCAGCUACUUCUACCACCGUGAGAUGGAGUGCGAGGACAGCCAGGAGUUCACACAUGUCAACACGUUGCUGUGGGAGAAAGAGAAGGAGGACAGCGAGGACGAGGAUGGGGGCGGAGAUGAAGAGCCCGACUAUCUACCCUUGGAAGGAGGUGUGAGCUGCAGAGGGAUCUGCGCGCCGCUGAAUGGGACUCUACUCGCUGGAUUGUGUGCUGGGGAACAGAGAACGGGCAACGUGUUCCGAGGAGAAUCACUCGUCACCCAAGUGUGAAAAAACAGAGAGAGUGAGAGAGAGAGAGAGAGAGAGAGAGAGAGAACAGGCUUUCCAUCCACUUGUUGUAAUUCUAAUUCUAACCCUAUGUUUCACACUAGCAACUGCCAAAAUUACAACCAACAACAUCUGUGUUGAGAUUUUCUCAAUUCUAUGCAAAUUAGGUAUGAAGCACUAAAGCACCAAAUCCAAACAACUGGCUUAAAGGAUUCCUCGGAGCAAUCCUGUGGCGCAUGUGGUCCGACACUUCUUCAGUUCCUCACUCACAACUUUACCUCCUACCUGCAGUUAGUCUCCGUUUACAGCUUAUAGCCACAACAAAACUUAUAACCAUGGAUCCAUCUUAUCCUGUCACCAAAUGUGUACAGAGAAGUUAUGAAGAAAAAUAAAGCUUGGAAGGAUGUAGCAGAGAUCGCUGGUGCGUCUGCUGAGUGCAUGCAGCUAGUACAGUUAGCAUGCUUUGCUAAUCUAAUCUGAAAAAGCAGCUAGUACAUAGCAGAGCCGAGUCCAGUAACAUGUAAAUCAAACUUCAAUACAUUUUAAACAUUUUUGUAGGCUGUAUAUUUUGGCUAAAUGCUGAACAGGCCACGCCCACAAGCAACAAACUACCAGUGACAUGAGCGGGCCGGUUCUGAACAUUCGGAGCCCCUAAGUGACACCUUCUUCAGGGGCCCCCACAUGCAACAAUCAUAUUAUUUUAUAUGCAAGAAUGAACAGAAUACUUCAUUAUCUUCUCGGAUAAGGGAAAAGUUUGUGUUAGCUGAACACUUUUAACUCUAGAUACAAGCUAGCUAGCUAGAAAAUGGACAAAUAGACUAAAUCCAAUUAAUUAGCAUUAAUUUCUUACUGGUGUUUUGGGUUCAUUUGUGUGCUUCUGCUUUUUUUUCCCAGAUAGUGAAUGCUUCAUGAUUGCCACUUCUUCAUAAACUUUUGAUGUUAGUUACAUUAGUGACCUAAUUUAGUUAUGUAAACUGUAUAAUAUAUAUGCAAAUCAUACCACAAGCGACCACCCUGUGACUGCCUGAUACAUAAACCUUUUUGCAGAAAGAGAGUAAAAUGUGGGUUUUUUUUGCGUAUCUAUUUUAAAAAUCAUGCCGCCCCCUGGUGGUCUGGGAGCCCGAAGAGAUAUGCCAAGAAACACUUAGAGCACUUACAGCAUAGCAUAACACUUAUAGCAAGAAACGUCUCUGGAAACGAGUGACUUGUCACUUUCUAUUGUGAACAGUGGGUGAGAUUUAAAUCGAAUCAGAAAUGUGAAAAAUGACUAAAACAGUAUUUCUACGCGGCUGAGGUGAACAGCUUGGUGUUUACAGGGUAAUAAAGAGCAGAUUUAUCAAGGACGCUGGUGAAAUGAUGGGAUGAAUGAUGCUGUUGUGAGCAUUAAAGAUUUAAAAGUAAAUUAAAGUGAUCCUUGUCCUAAACUGGCAGCUCUAUCCUUCCUUUACUUGUUAUUUACAAAAUAAUUCAUAUGUUCAGUGCUAAAGUAAAUGGAUGGAUCACUUUAUUCGGGGUUAGAUGACUGCUGUGUACAUUUCAUUAAAAGUCGAACUCUCUGAACAAUCUAAGCAACCUGAACAAUAACAAUUCUUCGUUUUUCUGCUACACAUACAUUUGUGAAACAUGUGGAUGGAAACAGACCUGACGUGUGUGUGUGUGAGAGAGAGAGCGAGAGAGAGAGAGAGAGAGAGAGAGAGAGAGGAGUAAAGUGAGGAGAAACUCCUUCGUCCAGCUGUAUGUGAGAAACCUGGAUGGAGUGAAAAGAGUGAGAGACAAACUGAACUGAAACAGGAACAAGACAACGUUACAGGACUCACACAGUCAUCACAAAGCCUCUUUAAAGGGAGAGUUUGGGGGAAAAUUAAAGAUACACAUUUUUUUUUUUAAUAGUCGAUCAGCCUGACGUUUGCUUCUUUUUUUUUUUUUUUUGUACUGUAGCUAA